AUGUAUUACAAACAAAUCAACAUAUCAAAAAUGUCAAAAAUUGUUGCCGACAAAGACUACUUGGUGACCGCUAACUCCCGUAUCAUUGUUGUGACGGCCGGAGUGCGUCAGCAGAGGGGUGAGAGCAGACUGAACCUGGUGCAGAGGAAUGCCAACAUUUUCAAACACAUCAUCCCUCAGAUUGUCAAAUACAGCCCUGACUGCACUCUCAUUGUGGUGUCCAAUCCAGUGGAUGUUCUGAUUUAUGUGACCUGGAAGCUGAGCGGUCUGCCAAAGCACCGUGUCAUCGGUAGCGGAACCAACCUGGACUCCGCCCGUUUUUGCCACAUCAUGGCAGAGAAACUGGGCAUCCACUCCAGCAGCUUUAAUGGCUACAUCCUGGGAGAGCAUGGAGACUCCAGCGUGCCUGUAUGGAGUGAAGCCAAUGUGACUGAAGUCAGUCUGCAGAAACUCAACCCUGAUAUUGGCACAGAUAAAGAUGCUGAGAACUGGAAAGAGGCUCACAAGAUGGUUGUGGACAGUGCUUAUGAGGUGAUCAAGCUGAAGGGAUACACCAACUGGGCCAUCGGCCUUAGUGUGGCUGACCUGACCGAGAGCUUGGUGAAGAACCUGAGCAGGGUCCACCCUGUUUCCACCAUGGUGAAAGGCAUGUAUGGUAUCAGUGAGGAGGUGUACCUGAGCCUGCCUUGUGUGCUCAACAGCAGUGGAGUGGGCAGUGUCAUCAACAUGACCCUGACUGACGAAGAAAUCGCUCAGCUCAAGAAGAGCACAGAUACGCUUUGGGGCAUCCAAAAAGACCUGAAGGUCCUGUAGAACAUCCGCAGAGGGCACAAUACGCUCUCUGGUCCAUAACUCUUUAACACACUCCCUCAGAAUCUUUAAACACUCUUUAGCUCUGUCCUCCCUUCUCACUUGCUUUUGGGUAUGGUUACUUUUGAACUACUUUUUCCAUGGUGAUCCAUGUAGGCAUAAUAAUCCAAAAUGAGGAACGUCUCUUCUGAUAAUAUGAUUCUGUUAUGAUCAAAGGAGAACUUCAGGUUCUCCAAAGGUUCUUCACAAUUGCACUUGUUAACUUGGUCACUUUGUGUGGGCAAUGAAGAAAGAACCCACACCUCUCUCUUCUUCUUCUUGGCAUAAUUUAGUGAGAUCA